GAGGUCGUCCUUCUCCAAGUGAACUGGCAACUGAACGCAACCAAUGUGCGCAACGGGACCAGCUUUGCGGCACUCCAGCUGGGGCAGACCUUGUGGCUUUCAUCAGAAAUUGGUGCGGAACUGGCCAAGGCCUUGGUGAUUUGCAGUUUUUCCGCUCUGGCACUGCUGUUUGCGUAUUGUUUGAUUCGCGGCCUUCCGCAGAAAGCCUUGCAAGAUCCCAAGGUCAAGGAGGGAUGUCCUGGCAGCUGGGUGGUUUACAUGGGAUUGGUCUACGCCUUUCUUUUCUUCAGUACGGAUCAAUACUUGGCCAGUCUGCCCCAGAUGGGCCUUGAUUUGGGCGGUUCCCAGUGGAUCAUGAGCGCUUCAAUUCAAUCGGUCUUUGCGAUCAAAGGCGUUGUUGGGAUCGGCACCGCCGCACUCUCAGAUCGCAUGGGUCGGAGGCCUGUCUUGUUGCUGUGCAGCUUCUUGUUAAGCCUGGCCAGCUUCUGCUGCGGCUGCGCGGGUCACGUGGAGUGGUUCCUGGCUGCCCGCGUGUUGCAAGCCUUGGGCAUGGCCGUGGAGCCAAUGGUCUGGGCCAUGACCAGGGACUACUUUGAGAACCCCGAGUUGCACCUUCCAGUGCCAGUAGCGGCUGGUGAUCGUGACUGCCUUGAUGAUCAUGAACCUCAUGGGCGCUUCUGUGGCUCCAAUGGUGGGCAACGUCUUGACCGAGCUGUUUGGGACUUGGCGCGGCUCGUUCUUCGUGGUGGCAGUCAUCUGGGCUGUUUUGACACUCUAUGCUUGGAUGGACAUGAAGGAAAGCUGUCCAGAUGUGGAGGGGAGAACUCAGGAGAAUUUCCUACGAAUUUUGGAACCGCAUUCCAUUUGCCUUCUGUUAGGCCAGGGCUGUUUCGUUGCAGCUUACAUGACAUUUAUUGGCAAUAUCAGUUAUUUGGCGGAGACGACUUUUGGCCUAUCCCCCAGGGCUUCCUCGGCAAUCAUGCUGGUGUACCCAGCCUGCACCGUUCUGGGCCUGGUUCUGAUGAAUUGGUCACAUUUCAGCAGUGUCCAAAUUGCAAGGGUCACAGUGGCGCUAUUCACCUUCAUUGGUCUUGUUUCUUUUGUGUUGGCGAGCUACUUCUCAGAUUUCUUGUGGUCGUACUUGGUGGGAUCCUUUUCCCAAGCCACAGUGCAAACUGUCGGAGUGGUCUCUCUGAAUGUGCUAUUCUUUGCACCACUUGAAGAUUGUGCUGGCAUUGCUGCGGCAUAUGACAUGAUUCUGGGUGGCACCUAUAGUCGUGCCCCUUUUGGAUGACUGACUGGCUACAGUCUAUAGGUACAUGUAUGAAUGCGUAGCCAUACAUCCAUACAUCCACAAGAACUGGGACCUUUAAACCACUUUUUGGCAUCCCUUUCUUUGCCGUGUUUUUUUUUUUUCGACAAAACCAGCCAGUUGGUGUCAGGAUAGCGAGGAGUAUCAUCCCCAG